GGGCUCCUGACUUUGCGCAUGCGCAUCUGUACCUCUUCUCCACGUUGGUUCCGAGUCCUCAGUCCCUCACCUCAACCUGGCUUUAGGUGUCUAGUGUCUGUGGGUGAUUUGGCUGUCACCUAAGCCACGAUGGGUAAGACUGCUGAUUUUCUGGGUCCAGGAGCGCGGCCCGACCCGGUGCGGAGCUUCAAUCGCUGGAAAAAAAAACACAGCCAUAGGCAGAACCAAAAGAAGCAGUUGAGGAGACAGCUGAAGAAGCCCGAGUGGCAGGUCGAGCGCGAGGGUAUCAGCCGUCUUGUGCAGAACUACGAGAAGAUAAAUGUAAAUGAAAUUACAAGAUUUUCAGAUUUCCCCUUGUCUAAAAAAACACUGAAAGGUUUGCAAGAAGCCCAGUACCGGUUGGUAACUGAGAUACAGAAGCAGACCAUUGGGUUGGCUUUGCAAGGUAAAGAUGUACUUGGAGCUGCCAAAACCGGAUCUGGAAAGACUUUGGCUUUCCUUGUUCCAGUGUUGGAAGCUUUGUAUCGUCUGCAGUGGACCUCAAUGGAUGGGCUGGGCGUUCUGAUAAUAUCCCCUACAAGAGAACUGGCUUAUCAGACUUUUGAAGUUCUCCGAAAAGUAGGAAAGAAUCAUGACUUUUCAGCUGGUCUUAUCAUUGGUGGAAAGGAUCUGAAACAUGAAGCUGAGAGGAUCAACAACAUAAAUAUACUUGUUUGCACUCCUGGUCGGCUUCUUCAACACAUGGAUGAAACAAUAUGCUUUCAUGCCACCAAUCUCCAAAUGUUAGUUCUUGAUGAAGCAGACAGAAUCUUGGAUAUGGGCUUUGCUGAUACUAUGAAUGCUAUUAUUGAAAAUAUUCCCAAGAAACGUCAGACUUUACUUUUCUCAGCAACACAAACCAAAUCUGUAAAGGACCUUGCACGCUUGAGUUUGAAAAACCCUGAGUAUGUCUGGGUUCAUGAAAAAGCAAAAUACAGCACCCCUGCCACUUUGGAACAGAACUACAUAGUUUGUGAACUGCAGCAAAAAUUAAGUGUGCUAUAUUCCUUUUUGAGAAGCCAUUUGAAGAAAAAGAGUAUUGUAUUUUUCUCCAGUUGCAAAGAGGUUCAGUAUCUGUACCGUGUGUUCUGCCGGCUUCGUCCUGGUAUUUCUAUCCUUGCUCUCCAUGGCAGACAGCAGCAAAUGAGAAGAAUGGAAAUCUACAAUGAAUUUGUCCGCAAGAGAGCUGCAGUGCUCUUUGCUACUGAUAUUGCAGCCAGAGGACUAGAUUUCCCAGCUGUGAAUUGGGUUCUUCAGUUUGAUUGUCCAGAGGAUGCCAACACAUAUAUUCACAGAGCAGGUAGAACUGCCAGAAUCAAUCCAGAAAAACUUAUAGAUGUCCAGAAAAAAUUGGAAUCCUUUCUGGCCCAAGAUCAAGAUUUAAAAGAAAGAGCUCAAAGGUGUUUUGUCUCCUACAUACGUUCAGUAUAUCUUAUGAAGGAUAAAGAAGUAUUUGAUGUGAGCAAGUUACCUAUUACUGAAUAUGCACUGUCUCUUGGUCUUGCUGUGGCACCACGAGUAAGAUUUCUUCAGAAAAUGCAGAAACAGCCCACUAAAGAACUGGUUAGGAGCCAAGCCAACAAAAUAAUUGAGCAUAAGACUCCAUCCCUAACCAAUGAUGAAGUGGAAGAAUUUAGAGCCUAUUUCAGUGAGAAAAUGUCCAUCCUACAGAAAAGUGGGAAAAGCUUAGAAGAAACAGAGUACAGGGUGGCUAGUGGUACUAGUGAUGAAAAACUGGAGGAAGAGGAGGAAGAUGAUGAAGAAAAGGAAGAGAAACUGGGAAAAGCAAGAGAGUCUCAAACUCAGUCUGUUCCUAAUAUUGAUGAGGCACAGAAGGUCAAGGAUGUCCAUGUGCAGUUCUUGGACAGAGAUGAUGAGGAAGAAGAUGGACCUGAUGAUAAUUUUCUUAAAGUGAAGCGGCGUGAUGUGUUUGGGUUGGAUCUUAAAGAGAAUAAAGCAUUACUGAAGAAAGAAUCUUCUAAAUCUGGUGUGAAGAAAAAAGUAACAAAAGUUGCAGAAGCAAAAAAAAUAAUGAAGAGAAAUUUUAAAGUGAAUAAAAAAAUAACAUUUACUGAUGCAGGGGAGUUGGUUCAGCAGUGGCCACAAAUGCAGAAAUCUGCCACAGAGGAUACAGAGGAAGAUGAUGAUACUGGUGGUAUCAACUUAGAUAAAGCAAAGGAAAGGCUUCAGGAAGAGGACAAAUAUGACAAAGAAGAAUAUAGGAAGAAAAUUAAGGCAAAGCAUCAGGAAAAAAGACUGAAAGAAAGGGAAGCCAGAAGAGAAGCUAACAAGAAACAAGCCAAGGCCAAAGAUGAAGAGGAGGCCUUUCUCGAAUGGAGUGAUGAUGAUGAUGAUGAUGAUGAUGGAUUUGAUCCAAGCACACUUCCAGAUCCAGAUAAACACAGAAGCUCUGAAGAAUCAGAUAGUGAAGAAAUUGAAGAUAAGAUUAGUGAUACCAAGAAGAAGCAGGGAAUGAGGAAAAGAAACAACAGUGAAGUAGAAGCCGUGGGACCAAGAAGUCACCAUAGAAAGAAGGCCAAGUGGGAAACCUUAGAGCCUUUGGAUACAGGCCUGUCUUUAGCAGAGGAUGAAGAACUGGUGUUACAUCUGCUCAGAAGUCAAAGCUAAAUACUUCCUCCUGCUGUCUGCUCCUUGAUACCUCUGAAUGUCACUAUGUGGGCAAAAAGUUAAAAAAAAAAAGUAACAUGUUGGUGCAUUUUAAGUACCAUGAGUUCCAUUCCCAAAUGACAUUCUCCACACAGAAACAAUCACAUUUCUGACCCCCUUUUCAUAGACCAUGCUUUGCACCAUCAUGGAGGAUACUCAGAGUCGGGAUGGGUUACACAGUUUCCUGAUCCAAUUUUGACAUAUGUUUUAUAUCUCCAAAGAGACCAGCCCUGAGAAAGACAAGUAUUUUUUUUCAUUGAGAUGAUCAAUAAUAAACAUUUGCUAUAAAGUAUUAAUAUGUUCAUUGUGUUCAGUAAUAUAAGAGUAUCCUUAUGGGUAGGUUCCUGAGAUUAAAACAUACGGCCAAUUCCUGAAAUGGUGAUUUUUUUCAUAUUGUUAGAUUAGCCAACUCAAACAUCAUAUCAUUUCACUCAUACUACAGAGUUGCUAAAAAUUAUUUCUAAAAUCUAAAAGUUCUCAAACUUGAACUCAUGAACACAGGCUUGUAGCUCUCCUGCAAGGUUCUCUGUUCAUCAGGUGCCAUCAGUCCCCACCCAAACUCAGCUCCUGAUAAUGAGGAAAAAGCAAAUUUGGUACAAAUAAUUGAAAGAUUCUUUAGAGGGAGAGAAUAUGGUGAAGAAAUCUGGGUCUUGGUAUGAAAUUUCUGUUUGAAACAUAGAUUUCUCAUCUCUCACAACUCUGUUCCUUAUGUCUUUCCUUACCCCAUGCACAAACAAAAAUAAUUUUCAAUCAUGAAUAAACUCAAUCAUGAAUCCAAGAAGAGUGUUGAUGUCACUAGACCUGGAUAUCUCAAACACUUUCAAUUCAGCCUGUUUGUCUCCUGUUGUAUUCAGUAUCCUCAUGAGUGGCACCAGCAUCUUUCCACCAUCAAAAUGAGAAACUUGGUGACUACUUAGCUUCUUCCUUUUCUCAGUCUGUUCUUUACUGGAUCACAUUCUCCAAUCUAACCUUUCCAAGAAUUCUCUUUAAAGCCAGUGAAUCUAAACAUGUUUCUUCCUGGCUAUUUUUCCUGUUAAAAUGCUUUUCACGUGAUAGUAUAGCCAUUUGUUUAUAAGACACUUGCUCCUGUUAUAUGACAAGCUUCUGGAGAGUGCAAAGACCAUGUUUUGUCCAUCUUCUGUAUCCCCAGGGCCGCAUACAGCACCUGCCCUGUUAUUGGCUUAGUGAAUUAAUGAGUGACAGUACUAAACCGAGACAUUUUAAAGCUGUGUUAUAGCACAUUGCUCUAUCACUUCUGUUAGAAAGGAAGGAGUGAUGGAUAUGAAAACUAGAUGGAAUGGCUAUUAUGGGAAAGAAACAGGUAAAUAGAUGGGAAAGGUUUGGGGGUAUAACAACUUGAAAAGAUCUUGAAAUCGGAGUUUCUGAUAGAGUCUCUUGGCCUUGAAUGUUUUUAAAGAUCAUGAAGUUGCAAGAAUGUGUAAACUGCAAGUUUAUCAUUGAAUUAACUCUGUACAGUUUUAGAUUGUUUUUCCUGAUACAAGUAAGGAAUUGAGGUAGUUUACUCCCUGUAUGCAAAUGUUGAAUAAAAAUAUUGCAAGGGC